ACGAACACUGCCUCCUUUUAAACAGUGUCUAUCUGUUGCCAUCUCCAGUCGCUCAAGAUACCAAAAGAUAGGUAAAAUCUAACCGACCAGUCAGCAUGGAAAAGGGAGGCUUUACUACCAUUUAUGAAAAUGUAGAGAACACUAGCAUCUAUGAGAUUCCUGAUUCAGAGGAAGAAAAGGUAAUGAAUCUUUAUGAACAAGUCCAUGAAGACCCAGUAUUUCCUUCUUCCCCCACUUCUCCAGAAAGCAUGGAUAUCAGCUGUCUGGAGAGCCUGGAUCACAGCUGCAGUAAUUCGGUAUCCUCUCAGCAAGGAGCUGAUAGGGAGGAUUGUUCAGCUACCUCUCAGCAAGCGGCUGAUGGGGACGAUAGUUCAGCUUCCUCUCAGCAAGGGGAUGAUGGGGACGAUGGUUCAGCUUCCUCUCAGCAAGGGGCUGAUGGGGAGGAUGGUUCAGCUUCCUCUCAGCAAGGGGCUGAAGAUGACCAGAAUCUCCAGGAAGAGAUGGUGAUGAUGAGUCCAACGCAGGAUGAUGAACAUGGGGAAAGGAUGGGGUUUGAAAACAAAAUUCCGUCUCCUACUAGAUUCAGUCUUCGUAAUAGCCUGGGUACUUCCCCCAGCUUGCCAGUUUCCAACAGAUUUCCAGCUAACAACAACUUUGGAGAAAUGGACAACUUUCAGGAGGAGAGUGACAUUUUCCUCUUUGUUAAGGCCGGUAUAGAUGGAGAAAGUAUUGGGAACUGUCCUUUUUCACAGCGUCUCUUCAUGAUCCUCUGGCUCAAAGGGGUCGUGUUUAAUGUCACCACAGUUGACUUGAAAAGAAAGCCAGCUGAUCUACACAAUUUGGCUCCUGGGACACACCCGCCAUUCUUGACUUUUAAUGGAGAGGUCAAGACAGACAUCAACAAAAUCGAGGAGUUCCUGGAGGAGAUGCUUGUGCCUCCAAAGUACCCCAAGCUGGCUGCUACACAUCGUGAAUCAAACGCUGCAGGGAUAGAUAUCUUCUCCAAAUUCUCUGCAUACAUAAAAAACACCAGGCAGCAGGACAAUGCUGGCCUCGAGAGAGGUUUGACCAAGGCUUUAAAGAAGCUGGACAACUACCUGAACACGCCUCUGCCUGAAGAGAUCGAUGCAAACAGCACUGAAGAGGAGAAAGUCUCUAAACGCAAGUUUCUGGAUGGGGAUGAGCUGACACUUGCGGAUUGCAACCUGCUGCCCAAACUUCAUGUUGUUAAGAUUGUCGCUAAGAAAUACCACAACUAUGAGUUCCCCACAGAGAUGACGGGGCUGUGGCGAUACCUGAAGAAUGCCUAUGCCAGGGAUGAAUUCACCAACACCUGUGCGGCGGACAAAGAAAUUGAGCAAGCCUAUGCAGACGUGGCCAAGCGGCUCAGCAAGCCUUAACUGACACCCGCAAGGGCUUAGUAUCUCCGGGGGUUCCCAGUUCACAGACUCCUCUCCUUGUUGCCUUAGGAUAUAUUCCUCAUGAUGUUUCUGGUUGGCAUCCCCACAAUUUCAGCUGUUAAAAUACAUUGGUUAGGGCCAGAUCUGCCUCUCCCUAGGGAAAACAUCAGGCAACAGUGGGGGGAGGGAAAGGAGGCUAAACAAUCCUCUGGAAUCUGAACCCAUGAGCUGGAUCAAGUAUUAUUAUUAACGAUCAUCAGUAUUUGAAACUCUUCACCUUUUUUCUGCAAUAUCAGCCACCUAUUUUAUCCGGAACUUUGAAAAACAAGCUAUUUAGCUGAAAAUUUCAAGUAGAUGGGCUAGGAAUAUACUGAACUGGUUCUUCUUUGGCCCUUUUCAAGGACCCUUUUUUCUGAUGUGAUCUAUCCAAAAUAUCUCUGCUGGUGAGAGCCUGGAGGUAGGAACAGGGUGUGUAUGAAAGCAAAAAGUUUAACCAGAAGAGAAAAAAUUUCCUUAGUGGGUCUCUUCAACAGCAUCUGUUUUACCCGGGCUGGAGGUGGUUAUUAAAUGCUCAUGACUGAUGUGGCGCUAGUGAGGAAAGCAUCAGUGAAUAUGUCAGACAGGCAGAUGCUGCUUGGCAUAUGAUUUGCUUAUUUCCACUUCAUCCAAAAUCAUAAAAGGAAAAGAGAGAGAGAGAAUAACAAUGAGAGAUGAAUUGGGAAGUUCUUGGAACAGCAGUGCUGAUACCCCAAAGCCCACUCAAUCAGUUGUUGGACGUACUGAGAUUCUAUAGUGAUUGGGGCCAUAUAAUUACCCCGUUAUGUAGAAAGAAUCCGCUAACUGCACCAUUUUAGAUACUCACCUUAAUUCUGUACUUUCCAGCUCGUUUCCAGAUUGGGAGCCAGGGGUAGGAGUGGAAAUCGGUUGCCUUGUGUGACCCCAGAUGGGGGCAGAAAUACCCACUUGAUUUCUGAGCUCGAAAUGGGUCGCCUUCCAAAGUUCAUCUCCCAUUCUAGUGAGCAGGCUGGUCUGAAAGCCUUAAGGAGGAUGGGCUAGAAGGGAGACUUGAAGCACUCCUAGCCAGAAUGUUGGCAUGUACGCUAGCACGAACCCUUGCCGGGUGGCUGUGUCCUGCUUGCUCCCUGCUUCUGUUUCAAUGACCCUCCUAAUGGUGCAUUCGAACUGUUUUCCGACAUGAUUAGUUUGUGCUGUGGGCAGACUUUGUAUACACAGGUCUGCUUCAAAUUGAUCUUCUGAUUGGUGAACUGCUUUAAGAAAUUAAGAAUGACAGUUCUUUUGUGUGCAACGUAAAAGCUUGAGCUCACUUAGCGAGCUAUAGACCAGGGAGAGGAAAUCUCCCAGUCUAGUCAAAUGUUGAGAUUUAAAGCUUCACUUGCUGGCAAAAAGGUAAAAUCAUUGAACUCUAUCACUCCUGGGCUUCACUCCUAAUCAGACUCCUGCUGCUGUAUGGAAAUACAGUGACCUCCACAGGACUCCACGCUGGCAAACCCUUAAAUAGGGGAACCCAGGAUCAACCCUUUGUUUGCAAUUAGAAAUGGCCUGGAGACAGGCUAUUAGGCCAGAAUCUGCAGUCAUACUGAUGGUAGAUCUAGGGUAUGUCUACACAGCAGCAUUAUUUUGGAAUAACUAACAUUAUUCCGAAAUAACAUAGUGUGCAUCUACACUACAACCCUUUAUUUCGAAAUAAUGUCAAGCUGGAGGACUUCUUACUCCGACUCCUAUAACCCUCAUUUCCCGAGGAGUAAGGGAAGUCACAGGAAGAGUGCCUUUUUUCGACUUCCUGCUGUGUAGACAGCACCAAAAGCCAAAUUAAGCUAUUUCAACUUCAGCUAUGCAAUUGACGUGGCUCAAGUUGAGUAGCUUAAUUCAACUUUAGCUCUAUUGAGUAGACAUACCCCUAGAGUAAUCCCAUUGAUGUUGAAGGAGUUACUCUGCAUUUACAUCAGCAGAGCAGAUAACACAAUCUUGUCCCUUGACUGAUAACAUUUAUGGCUGGUGAUAGUAUUGCAGAGCAGUCAAUUUGUUGUGAACUUUCCAAAACCUUGGAAGAAAGACCAUGAACUCCCUAGUCUUCCCUCAGAACAGGCUAUAUUUAAACAAGCAAAGGAUUAUACACUCGGCAGUAUUGCUGAGAAAUCAACUGGCUCUGCGAGCACUAGCAACAGCCAGCAAAAUCUAAUGAGAUUGGAAGAGUCCUCACAUGCGGCUCAUUAAAAAUGUUUCUUCAUAAAAUAACCAGAUUGGAAUUAUUUGUUGUUGUUUUUUUAAAUUAAGAUAUUUAAUUAUUUAUUUCAAUUGAUUAAAUUCAUUUUUCUUUCUUUCUUCUUAGCAUAUUGGUUGAGCUGACUCAUUCUGUAAGACUAUUAUAACCAAGGCUCUGCAAAUUUAGUGUGUAAUGAACAAUGGUUUUCUGUGUCUGUUUAAUGGCUGUUUUGGAUUUUUUUUCCACUAUGGCUUGGCUACCAGAACUCCAUUUGGCCAAGACUGAACUUUUCUCAAUCAUCAUGGAACAGGUAUUAUUUUUUAAUCAGAGGCUUUGUCUAAUCAGAGUUAUAUGUGAACUGUGAAUAAAGAAGUAGAAAGAG